GCGUGACUUUUGUUAUAGAGACGGCCGCCAUUAGAGUUUUGCUGUCGCGUCGCGUUGUGAAAAGAGAAGAAAACCUUCUAAAAACAGUGCUAAUAGAUACGGCUGCACCAGUUGCUUGGAUAUCGCCCUUUGGAUAAAUCUAGGAAAAGGAGCUGCAAUAUGGCCUCGCCCUCUCCGGCGAACAGUCCCAUGCCACCGCCACAGGCGCCCAGUCCGAUGGCCCCGCCCUCGCAGAGCCCCGCUCCCUCGCCGCACAGCCCCUAUCCUCACCAGCAGCCGGGUCCACUGCAAGGACCUCCGCCGCCCGGGCAUCCCGGUGCCUAUGGACAUCCCAUGCAGCACGGACCACCCGGCCAGGGUCCCCCCGGCCAUCAUAUGCCACCGCACCACCAGGGGAUGAUUUUCUCAAAAGGUCCGCACAUGGGAAUGCAGAUGCCGCCGACGGGUCCGAAUAUGUCCCCCUACCAAACCCACGGAAUGCCACCCAAUGCUCCCACACAACCCUGCAUAGUGUCACCUGGUGGCCCACCUGGGGGUCCGCCACCUCCGGAGCGCUCGAGCCAGGAGAAUCUGCACGCGCUUCAACGCGCCAUCGAUUCUAUGGAGGAAAAGGGCUUGCAGGAAGAUCCUCGCUACUCCCAGCUCCUGGCAAUGCGGGCCACCUCAAAGCACCAGCACCUUAACGGCAAUCAGGUGAACUUGUUGCGCACACAGAUCACCGCCUAUCGGUUGCUGGCGCGGAACAAGCCCAUAUCCAUGCAGAUGCAACAGGCGCUUCAGGCGGCACAGCAACAGCCUCCGCCAGGACCACCAAUUGGACCACCUGGAGCACCAGGUGGACCGCCGCCAGGGAGCCAACAUGCAGGGCAACCACCCGUGCAGCCGCAGCAGCAGCAACAACCUCCCCCUUCAGCAGGAACUCCGCCUCAGUGCUCCACGCCGCCCGCAAGCAGUCCUUAUGGUCCGCCAGUUCCUGGCCAGAAAAUGCAGGUAGCGCCACCACCGCCACACAUGCAACAGGGACAGCCAUUGCCACCACAACCGCCACAAGUGGGUGGACCCCCGCCUAUCCAACAGCAACAGCCACCUCAGCAGCAGCAACAACAGCCGCAACCUCCGCCACCGGAGCAACAUCAGCACCAGUUGCCAAACGGAGGCAAACCCCUGAGUAUGGGGCCAUCCGGAGGGCAACCACUAAUACCUUCAUCGCCCAUGCAGCCACAAGUCAGAGGGGCUCUGCCAGGAAUGCCGCCAGGUACUCAAGUUCCUCAACCAGGAGGAGUUCCUCCGCGACAGGUUCCACCUGCGGGCAUGCCGAUGCCCAAACCCAAUCGCAUUACAACGGUGGCCAAGCCCGUGGGCCUGGAUCCCAUUACAUUGCUGCAGGAAAGAGAGAAUAGAAUAGCAGCCAGGAUAUCACUGCGUAUGCAGGAGUUGCAGCGUCUGCCGGCUACCAUGUCCGAGGAUCUUCGGCUGCAAGCGGCUAUUGAGUUAAGGGCCCUAAGGGUCUUGAACUUCCAGCGACAACUGCGUAUGGAGUUUGUUCAGUGCACGAGACGAGAUACCACUUUGGAAACAGCGUUAAAUAUUAAGCUCUACAAGAGGACCAAGCGGCAGGGUCUGCGGGAGGCACGUGCCACUGAAAAACUCGAAAAGCAACAGAAGCUAGAGGCUGAACGGAAACGCCGCCAAAAGCAUCUGGAGUUCUUGGCUGCUGUGCUUCAGCACGGCAAGGAUCUAAGGGAAUUCCACAGGAAUAAUAAGGCCCAACUUGCAAGGAUGAACAAGGCCGUGAUGAACCAUCACGCAAAUGCGGAGCGUGAGCAAAAGAAGGAACAAGAGCGCAUCGAGAAGGAACGUAUGCGACGUCUGAUGGCCGAGGAUGAGGAGGGUUACCGCAAGCUGAUUGAUCAAAAGAAGGACAAGAGAUUGGCUUUCCUACUGUCGCAGACAGAUGAGUAUAUUAGCAACCUAACUCAGAUGGUGAAACAGCACAAGGACGACCAGAUGAAGAAAAAGGAGGAGGAGGGCAAGCGGCUGAUACAGUUCAAAAAGGAACUGCUAAUGAGCGGAGAGUACAUUGGCAUUGAUGAAGGCAGCAUUGUUGCUGAUAUGCGGGUCCAUGUGGUGGAACAGUGCACUGGCAAGAAACUCACCGGCGAUGAUGCCCCCAUGCUGAAGCACUUGCACCGCUGGCUGAACAUGCAUCCUGGCUGGGAUUGGAUUGACGACGAGGAGGACAGCUGUGGGAGCAACGAGGAUCAUAAACCCAAGGUGGAGGAGCAACCAACGGCUACAGAAGACGUCACUGACAAAGCGCAGACGACGGGCAACGAGGAGGACCCCAAGGAUCUAAUUACCAAGGCCAAGGUGGAGGACGAUGAGUACAGGACGGAGGAACAGACGUACUACAGCAUCGCUCAUACCAUUCAUGAAAAGGUUGUGGAACAGGCCAGCAUCAUGGUAAAUGGUACGCUCAAGGAAUACCAGAUCAAAGGCUUGGAGUGGUUGGUUUCGCUCUACAACAACAAUUUGAACGGAAUUCUGGCCGACGAAAUGGGUUUGGGUAAAACCAUUCAGACCAUUUCGCUGGUAACGUACCUUAUGGAUCGGAAGAAGGUUAUGGGUCCCUACUUGAUUAUUGUACCACUUUCGACCCUGCCCAAUUGGGUACUGGAAUUCGAGAAGUGGGCGCCAGCCGUGGGUGUAGUCAGUUACAAGGGCAGCCCGCAAGGAAGACGAUUGCUGCAAAAUCAAAUGCGAGCCACUAAGUUUAAUGUGCUGUUAACCACCUAUGAGUACGUCAUCAAGGACAAGGCAGUGCUGGCCAAGAUCCAGUGGAAGUACAUGAUUAUCGACGAGGGUCACCGCAUGAAAAACCAUCACUGCAAACUCACCCAGGUGCUAAACACCCACUACAUUGCUCCCUAUCGGUUACUUCUCACGGGUACACCUCUGCAAAACAAGCUUCCCGAGUUGUGGGCGCUACUUAAUUUCCUGCUGCCCUCGAUCUUUAAGUCCUGUUCCACAUUUGAGCAGUGGUUUAAUGCUCCAUUUGCAACCACUGGCGAGAAGGUUGAGCUUAACGAAGAGGAGACAAUCCUCAUUAUUCGUCGUCUGCACAAGGUUCUUCGUCCCUUCCUGUUGCGUCGUCUCAAAAAGGAGGUAGAGCACCAGCUGCCCGACAAGGUGGAGUACAUCAUCAAGUGCGACAUGUCCGCCCUGCAGCGUGUUCUCUACAAGCACAUGCAGAGUAAGGGUGUUUUACUCACUGAUGGAUCCGAGAAGGGCAAGCACGGCAAGGGAGGCGCUAAGGCGCUAAUGAACACGAUCGUUCAGCUGCGCAAGCUGUGUAACCAUCCGUUCAUGUUCCAGCACAUAGAAGAGAAAUACUGCGACCACACUGGCGGCCAUGGAGUUGUGUCCGGACCGGAUCUGUAUCGCGUCUCCGGCAAAUUCGAGCUGCUUGAUCGCAUCCUGCCCAAGCUAAAGGCCACCAAUCAUCGCGUCCUUCUCUUCUGUCAGAUGACUCAGUGCAUGACCAUUAUCGAAGAUUACCUGGGAUGGCGCCAAUUCGGCUAUCUUCGACUUGACGGCACCACAAAGGCCGAGGAUCGUGGCGAACUACUGCGAAAAUUCAACGCCAAGGGCUCGGACGUGUUUGUCUUUUUGCUUUCCACCCGAGCCGGUGGUUUGGGUCUUAAUCUGCAAACUGCCGAUACUGUAGUAAUCUUCGACUCCGAUUGGAAUCCCCACCAGGAUCUGCAAGCGCAGGAUCGUGCCCAUCGUAUUGGUCAACGUAAUGAGGUGCGCGUUCUGCGACUAAUGACAGUCAACUCCGUGGAAGAGCGCAUCUUGGCUGCAGCCAGGUACAAGCUUAACAUGGACGAGAAGGUCAUCCAGGCUGGUAUGUUCGAUCAGAAGUCAACGGGUAGCGAGCGGCAGCAGUUCCUACAGACGAUUCUGCACCAGGAUGACAACGAAGAGGAGGAAGAAAAUGAAGUGCCCGAUGAUGAAAUGAUCAACAUGAUGAUAGCCCGCAGCGAGGAGGAGAUCGAAAUCUUUAAGCGCAUGGAUGCGGAGCGCAAAAAGGAGGAUGAGGAAAUCCAUCCGGGUAGGGAACGUCUAAUCGACGAGUCCGAGCUACCCGACUGGUUGACAAAGGACGAUGACGAGGUAGAGCGUUUCCACUAUCAGUACGACGAGGACACCAUUCUGGGUCGAGGCUCCCGGCAGCGAAAGGAAGUAGACUACACUGAUAGUUUGACUGAAAAGGAGUGGCUGAAAGCCAUCGACGAUGGCGCUGAGUUUGACGAGGAAGAGGAGGAAGACGAUUCAAAGCGCAAGCGACGAAAGCGUAAGAAUCGGAAGGAAGAGUCCGACGAUGAUUCGUUGAUUUUAAAACGGCGACGACGCCAAAAUCUGGACAAGCGGUCAAAGAAGCAGAUGCACAAGAUUAUGAGUGCAGUUAUCAAGCACAACCAAGAUGGACGCACUCUGUCCGAACCAUUCAUGAAGCUGCCUUCGCGGCAGCGGUUGCCUGACUAUUACGAGAUCAUUAAGCGGCCAGUUGACAUUAAGAAAAUCUUGCAGCGUAUUGAGGACUGCAAGUAUGCCGAUCUCAACGAGCUGGAGAAAGACUUUAUGCAGCUGUGCCAGAAUGCACAGAUCUACAACGAAGAGGCCUCCCUGAUCUACCUGGAUUCGAUUGCCCUGCAAAAGGUAUUCGUUGGGGCCAGGCAGAGGAUAACAGCUGCAGCAGAUGCAGCCGCUGUGGCGGCAGGAGAUAACACUGGUGAGGCGCAUGGAAAUGGAGGCUCGGAUAAUUCGGACAACGACGACGACGAUGGCGGCGAUGACGGCUCCGACGACGAGGAGAUUGCAACCACUUCAGCGGCGGCUGUCAAAAUGAAGCUCAAGCUGAACAAAUCUCUGGCUAGUGCCCCGGCUACGCCCACGCAAUCAUCGUCGAAUGUCAGCAGCGGAGCGGCUACCACAUCCAAGAAGCAGACGCGUCGCAAGCGUUCCCAAAAGAAGUACACUAUUUCAGACGAUGACGACGAUGACAUGGACUAGCUACCGUUGGGAGUGAUCUUCAAACGCGGUUCGUCGGAUGUCGAAGGCAUGGGCAAUUGAUUAUUAAUUAGUUUAAGUCUAACCACUUUCAAGGACGAUGCUUACCAAAACCCUAACUUAAGGGUUUUCUUAACCAUCUUGCCUCCCUAUCAUGCUAUUACUUUUAUCUAUACAUCUCUCCUAGUUGUAAGUUCCCGAUUAAGUUUCCUAUUCAAUUAUUUUCGCACACAAAAUUUAUUUCUCCCAAUUCUAUUGAUUGUAUAAUUAUGUGCUAUAAAAUAAAUGCAUACCUAACAUAAA